GCGGCCUAUAGGCAAUUUACGGGACAUUUCUCGGGUUCCAGCGGCCGUCCUUAUCAGUGCGGGGGCGGCGUUAUCUAGGUGUGGUUGAACUUGCUCCAACUUGGAACGCUCCAACAAACAACUCCGCAUUUCCUAUCAAGACCACCACACGUGGGUUUCACCAACAUCUUUCCCGACCUAUCUGCAGCAACACCGACCGGUCCCUCAAUCGAGACGACUGUAUCUACUUUAGUCAAUCUCGCUCAUCAUGACCUGACCGGCCGUCAGGUCUCGCCCUGCCGUCUCCAUGCCACGACCGAAAGUCCUUCCUGCCAAUCGUCUGCGGGCCCCGGAAGCCUGCCUUGCGUGCCGGGCAUCCAAAAAGCGCUGUAGCGGCACAUUCCCAUGCACCAAAUGUAUCAGGAAUGGACGUGCCGAUACCUGCGUGCCAUAUCGUCGGUCGAACACCACCUCUACUCCACGACAGACGAACAAUCUGUACAAGGCCUUGAACAGCCCGGCUGCCCAAGAUGCUGCACGCCAGGCACGGAGCUCACUCAGUAUCGUUCCUGAUAAGCUUCCGCAGCUUCUUCCAGCACCAGGUACCUCGGGCGCACCACACAAGACCCACUCUCGUAUGCUUCGGAAUCGACAAGGGGAGCGAGUCUAUAUAGGUAGAGCGGCCUCAUUGUCUUUCCUACAGCUGCUCCGGGACACCGUUACACAACAUAUUGGACCUUCGCAAUUUUCCCACAAUGUCAGAAGAGAGGAUAUGCUUGAGACGGACACUCCAGAUGAGGUGCCCCAGUCGUUCCAGAGCGAUCUCGAUAUCACUCAGGAACAGGCUUAUCUCCGGACCUAUUGCAUUGCGACCAGCGGCUUUAUCAAUGUCCUCUCUGACACAGAAACCGGUCAGAUGCUGGGGACAUCUCCACCUACGAACGAUACGUCGAACAGAACAAUGGUAGCAUUACGAGAUAUUAUGAUUGCUAUCGGUGCUCAGUCUUCCAAGAACGACCCUGCUAUCACCCGAGUGGAACGCUAUUUCUUUACUCGUGCCCAGCAAUGCGCAUUCGCCGGCAUGCUGGAGAACCCGAGCUUCGAUUUGAUUCGUUUGUUUAUUCUCAUGGCCUUCUACAUGAUGGGUGCUUGUCGCCGGAACGCCGCGUUCAUGUAUCUAGGUGUUGCGGCUAGGGCCGCCGCAGCUCUUGGCUUGCAUCUCACUGAUUUUGCCUCACUCGAGCUCGAUGAGCAACAAAACAGGAUGCGAGUCUGGAUGAGUCUUUGUACAUUGGACCUGUUAUCUAGCUCAAUACUCGGGCGACCGCCGGCGACGGCCAACCUGCACCCAGAGAUAACCGACGUCGAAGCUACCGAGUCGAGCCGAGCAAUGGACGAUAGCCUUAUCGCGUCAUACAACAUGUCCCGGAUCCUUGACGAAAUUGUUUCUCGGCUAUAUGAUGAUAGGGCCGCGUCAACGGAAGUUGCAGAGUCGCUACUUGACAAGUUGAAACAGUGGAGCAAUGAUCUUCCUGAAUCGCUUCUGUCAUCGCCGAGCACCCCUCAAGAACGCCUAGCCGCACAAGAACAUAUAGUUGGGAGUCUUCACGUCGCAUGUGCUUAUCACUUUGCUGUCAUCAUAGUGACACGGCCAUUUCUUAUAUCAGUUUUGGGAGUUCGCCUGGCACGAUUGCACCAAGAAUCUCCGGGCAUAAUCCAGGAUGAGAUGGUCCUGGAAGAUCCUGCACAUACGAAGCUGGCGAAUGCUUGCGUGGAGUCUGCGUUGUACAUGAUUCAGACCUGCAUGGAAGUCCAUCAGUCUCGUCUGUUGCUCGGAAAUAUGUGCAUAUUGAAAGCCCUUGUUUUCGCUGCAGCCCUAGUUCCCGGAUUCUCCAUGUUUUCCCAGAAAGAAGUCGACUCAACCCUCGAAGAAGCAUUCAACGGCGCCCUCGAAAUCCUCCGCGUCCUCUCUCAACAAUCAGCCCAAGCCGCCCACUAUUACGAAAUUCUCAACCUCCUCCGAAACGCAGUCGACGAACAACGUCAACGCCUGCGAGAAAACCCGCCUCCCGAUAAAAAGUACGUCAGCAAGCUAUUCAGCUUGAACAAUCGACGAAGCUCACCGCAGCCACAACGAGCUCUGACUAGUCCUUUUGAGCCUGGAAAUCCUGCGGAGCUGAUUCAGGUCCAGCCACUAGCUGUUGACCCUGCAUGUACUGAUCCUGAAGGUUCAGGGUUUCUCUUUGAUGCUGCAGAUGAUGGCGCCUCGUUUGCCAACUGGGAGGGUAUGGAGUUACCCUUAUGGGACAGGUUCCCAUUUAUCGAUGAUUCAUUCUUGAAUUAGCAGUGCCCUGCACAUUGCUCCGCACAGCUCAUAUCCCUGCCCGUUUUUAUCUUACUUUUCUGUAUACCCGCAUGUAUGUACAUGCCGUCCGUGUCCCUCUAGCGCAAACUAGUGGAAUCAAAUGAAUCCCAGUCACCAGUACCAAGGGAUACACCGACUCAGAAGGAGCGAGGUAUACUCCGAUACUACAGUGCGGGUCGCACCUUCCUCUUCAGAGUGUAGUGACGUUCUGGUCAAGGCAAGAGCGACCCAUCGUACCUUCCGUAUACGGUGAGACCCACGGGUCGCUCCUUCCGUACCUUGUUCAAUUCACUCAGGGCAACUGCGCACUCAGUUGCUGGAUCGCACCUUCCACAUCUGCUCCACCGUAUAUUUCGCGGACAACGGAAGGAGCCACCAAGAUGGUGGAAUCCCCAUUCCCACCGUGAGCGCAAGCCUGGAAAACCGGCUACCACUGCAUCCGUAUAAAGCUUCUUCCGGUUACGCUUGGUCAUGGCAAGAGGAUCAGAAACAUCUAAGCCUGACGAUACACACCGUACUAUUCAACCGCAGCGCUGAUGACCUGAUGACGUGCGUCUCGGGCGAGGCCUGAUUCCCCAUCCCUAUGGGUACCCAUAGGGUCUACCGGUCACCCUACCCAGGCGAAUGGGUUUCGCGCUAUCAUGCAUGCUUGCCGUCUAUACUUUUAUGGUACACGCAUUCGCCUGCAGCUGGUCAAGACAUGGUUCUGAGUGAAACUGAAGCUGCCCUGAUCGCAAAGUCCUAGCCCAAGACAAGCAGAAAAAAUCUACGUCUACCGGCUGUUGCAGUGACAAGACUACCACCGCGAUGGCAAGGAGAUCAUGCCCCGUAGGACCUAGGAAAGCACAUCGUGCCGCCGGUCAGCAUAGAACAGGCACCGGAAAGCGCUCAGAAAAACGAUAAAUUAAGCUAAAAAAUGAGAACUAUGGCGGACGAGGAUAACUGAAACUGAUCUUUCGAUCUUGAAGAGAGCAAACAGAAAGUCAACGUACG